CUAAAAAACUCUUUUUGAGGGAAAAAAGCCAAAAUCUUGUGAUCUCACUAAAUUUGAAGAGUCAAAAAUCAAGCAAAACUUUAUGAAGCGGAUAAACAGGUCAAACAACGAAUCUCAGUUUCCGAACUCAUUAUCUCGUGGGGAACCCGGUGAGUCAACUCGUGGCGACCGAGUCACAUCUCCUCUGCAUAACGCCUGAAUCGAAUUUGAUACCGACUGUGGUGAAAAAGGUUGAAUCAUCCACUUUACAGCAGAGACAUUAUGCUCACUUUUGACGACGUUCUGUAGCUACCAUCGCCAUCAAAUAUCGGGGAUACCGGGCGAUGGUAGGUGUCUGUUCCGGUCUGUAGUUCACGGUGCUUGUCUAAGGGCCGGAAAGCCCUCUCCGAAUGAAAGUCACGAGAAGGAACUUGCAGACGAGCUUCGUGCAGCUGUAGAAAUCUCUUCCUUUUGAUGUUUUGUCUGUCACUGAGGGAUUCAUGUGCUUGUUUUGCAUUUUGCUUAGAAAAAUGGGAUCCCUUUUGUUUUUAUUGCAGGUUGCCGACGAAUUUAUCAAGAGACGAGCUGAUUCUGAAUGGUUCGUUGAAGGUGAUUUCGACUCUUAUGUUGCGAAGAUGCGACAGCCACACGUGUGGGGAGGGGAACCGGAGCUGCUAAUGGCGUCGUAUGUGCUACAGCUGCCAAUAACUGUUCAUAUGUGGGAUAAGAAAAAGAAUCCCCUCAAGGUAAUAGCUGAAUACGGUCAAGAAUACGGGAAGGAGAAUCCGAUUCGUGUAUUGUACCAUGGCUAUGGGCACUAUGAUGCGUUGCAGAGCCCUUCCGAUGGUCUGCAGACGAAGCUGAGCAAGAGAUGGUGACAUAUGUAACAACUGAUUAGCAUCACAUUCAAGAAGGGCAGAAACAUGUAUAGGAAAAAGGGAAGAUAUAACUUCCCUUUGUUACUGUAAUGAUAUUAUCUGCCUCAUUAUUUAGAAAAAAGUUUAUGCACUUAUAACUCUAUUCCAACUCUGACAAAUGAAGGUAGCAUGAUUUGACAUUUCAUCAUCCAUAAGAUUAUGUGUGAUAGUUUGAGAGAUGAAUUAAGACAAUUUAAAACUGUCUUAGUCCUCAAAAUUUAUACAGAUAGGUGUACAAACAUAUACAUAUAAUAAAGUUAUGAGACCCUAUUCAUCUUUCCA